AGCGCUUUAUCAUACCACGCCUUAAAACUAUUGUCUAAAUGGUGGCUCUAGUCUUCGUGGCCUAUAGCCUUUUGUCCAGGUAAUCCCUCAAAAGCAGACGCCUGAAGUUGUCAAUCCCACAUCGUUGAGCUAGUCUCGCGUCUGCUACUGCAUCACUACUAUCAAUCCAACUUCUGCAUCUCUUUUCAUCUUUAUAAUAAUAAUUCUCUGCAACUCUCUCAACUGUAUCCUAUCCGGCAUAGAUCAUCUGCUUUGUGCUCACUGUAUCGCUAAUUUUUUUUUGUCUCCGUUGACCACGUUCCCUGACCGUCCUUUGUCACCUGCUUAAUACACGGGUACUUCCGUCCAUAUACCGCAUACCCGUUCCAUGUCUUCUAUUCAGUUACAGGCUGUGCCACAGGAUAUUGCUAUUAAAGCAGACUGUCCCCCGAAGUACGCCUUCCUGGCUUACCCCCCGCCCCCCAAAAAGCGUCCUACGCAGCCCCUACCUUCCCUGCCUUCGUGUGCCCAGGUAGUUGCUCCUCAAGCAGCACCUACCCGCCGCCGCUCAAAUACUUUUUCCACGAUCGCCGCUUGGGCGGCCCACGUCCAGCCAGGAUCCCCUGCUUCUCUUUCUCCACGCUCUCCCCUUUCUCCCCUCCGUCGUCCCUCGAUCGGUCGCGGUCGCAAAACAUCCAUUACGUCUAUUCGUGUCUCAUCAGGCUCCUUCCUGAACAUUUUAGACACCCCUGCCACUGCCUAUCCCGCCGCAACUCCCUUGAUCCAGAAUUUUAAAGCUGACCUCACGUCUGUCGGUUAUACCUCUGUAUUUUUGCAGUUCCCUAACACUCCUAUAACCGCGACGCUUCCCAUCGCGGUCAAGACUCGCACUACUGAGGCUGGAAAGCAAAUCCCCAUACCACCCGUGCCCGAAUCGCCGACGCGCAAACCUCGCGGGCUUAGCCGCUUCCGUUCCUUGUCUGUUCUUAAGUCCCGCGGCAGAUCCAAGUCCGCCGCGCCUUCGUCUCCUACGAAGAUGAAGGCCAAGGCAGCAGCGUCAUCUGCCGCCGUGGUUAAGCGCAAGAAGGCGAAAUACGCUGCCAUGCGCCCUGCGCCCCUUGCCAACGAGCUCGCCCUUAUGCAGUUUGUUGAUGGUGGCAGCAUGGAGUCUAACAUCAAGCGGGUCAUGGAGGCUCAGGCUAAAGCCGGCGCUGCCGGUGUUGGUGAUGUCUACCGUGACGGUCAAGGCGGUAUCUGGUGGGAUCAGGAAGAAGAAUGGGAGUAUGCCCAUCUCCUUGCUGGUGGCGAGGAUGGUGCCGCUCACGGCAUGGGUGACCUUCAGUGGGUUACUUUUGGUGGCGACAAAUCGCCCUCCGCCAUCCUCGCCGACGAAGAGCGUCGCGGCAGUGUCUCUACCCAAGACUCUGACUUGGAUCCACGCUACAUUGUCCAACCCACUGACCACCUCGACACCGAUGAUCUCGCUGUCUUCGGAAGUGCUCUUGCACCCCUUACCUACUCGGGUUCCGCAUCACCCAAGAGCCCCAGGUUUACAGCAUCGACGUUUGCAAGUGGUGUCGCUAUGCCCAAGGGCAAGGCGCGCAGACGCCCUGCACCACUGACGCUGAGCCCUCCCAGCCCCGGACUCAAGCGGCCGUCAAACUCUCCUGUGGACGCUGAGCGCAUCCGCAAAGACUUCCUUGCGUCUUCGUUCGAGCCUCCUGUUCCUGCUACCCCUGCUACUCCAGCCAUGACCAGAGACAACCGUAGCAAACUAGCCACGCGCGCACUCAACCUCCCCUCAAACGGCAGCUCGCUCAGUCUUCCCUCCAAGAAAACCCUCGCGAAGAAGUCAUCAAGGCUCAAUAUGAUGAGCCUAUUCAAAUCCUCCAAAAAGGAGGGAGCGGAGUGCACGGUCCACUGAGCGAGUCAAUUGUACUUUUCUUCAUUCUCUCUGUUUAUUAAAUUCGAUUCGAACGCUUGCUUAACGCUGAUGUUGUAUCUUGCUGUGCUUGUUUGUUUGUUUUGUUAUGAUGCUGUAGCGCUAGUGGUUAUAUGGCUAGAACUGCUGUAGAACUUCGCGAUCUUGCUUUGCGUCGUGCUUUCUUGCAUAUGUAUGUAUGGAUAUGUUACUUAAGUGUACUACACACGUAAUUCUAGUAUUUGUUUCUGAUCUUUUCGUGGUCUGAGCCUGACUUAAAACAGCAACUUAGUAUCCUGGAAGAACGUGAUCAAUCUAUAGUCCAAUCUCAUAUCUAGUGAUGUCUUCGUGAGGCUGAACUGAAAGAACUAGUUAGUGACCGAACAAGGUUCAGGUCUAAGGAUCAGCUCAUCGGAUCGGGAACGCCACUCAAAAGUUAAGUCCAAAUAUGGGAAGUGGUCAAGAAGGAGCAACGUAGUGACCUCCUUUACG